AUGGCCUGGGGGUAUUGUGUAGCCCUGCCACUGCUGGUGGCCACCACCCUGGGGCUAGGUCAGCGACUUCCUGGACUGCAGCACAGCUAUGACUGUGGGCUCCGAGGCAUGCAGCUGCUGGUGUUCCCCAAGCCAGGCCGCACUGUCCGCUUCAAGGUCCUAGAUGAAUUUGGGAACCAGUUCGAGGUGAACAACUGCUCCAUCUGCUACCACUGGGUCACUUCUGAGCCCCAAAGGCCAGCGGUCCUCUCUGCUGAUUACAAAGGCUGCCACGUGCUGGAGAAGGAUGGACGUUUCCACCUGACAGCCUUCAUACAAGCCGUGCUGCCUGAUGGCCGCGUGGAUGUAACGCAAGAUGUCACUCUGAUCUGUCCCAAACCAGAGCACGCCUGGACUCUGGACCCCACCCUGGUGCCACCCCCCUCACCAUCGCCUCCUAUGCUUCGCCCUCCAGCCCUCCCCUCUGCCUCCAGCCACACUCUGCCUGGCUCUGGUCAUAGCUUUGCCAGAACGCUGCACCCAGAGUACAGUGCUGCCCAUCCAACCCCUGCCUCGCCCUCUCCAGGACCUGGUCCUGCUGGCCCCACGCUGCCUCCACCCCAAUGGGGCACCUUGGGACCCCAGGAAAUGGCUGAGCUGGAUUCCAUAGGUACCCAUCUGCCCCAGGAGCAGUGCCAGGUGGCCACUGGACACAUCCCCUGCAUGGUAAGAAGUAGCUCGAAGGAAGCGUGUCAGCAGGCUGGCUGCUGCUAUGACGAUGCCAGAGAGGUGCCCUGUUACUAUGGCAACACAGCCACCAUCCAGUGUUUCAGAAGUGGCUACUUCAUCCUGGUUGUGUCCCAAGAAAUGGCCUUGGCACACAGAAUCACACUGGACAACGUCCACCUGGCCUAUGCCCCUACCCGAUGCCCUCCAACCCAGAAGUUGAAUGCUUUUGUGGUCUUCCAUGUCCCUCUCACCCUCUGUGGAACCACAGUCCAGGUAGUUGGUGACCAUCUCAUCUAUGAGAACCAGCUGGUGUCUGACAUAGAUGUCCAAAACGGGCCACAGGGCUCCAUCACUCGGGACAGCAUCUUCCGGCUUCAUGUCCGCUGCAUCUUCAAUGCUGGUGACUUCUUGCCCAUCCAGGCCUCCAUCUUCCCACUUCCAUCACCUGUUCCUGUGACCCAGGCUGGACCCUUGCAGCUAGAGCUGCGGAUUGCCAAGGACAAGACUUUCAGCUCCUACUAUGGCGAGGAUGAGUACCCCCUCGUGAGGCUGCUCCAGGAACCUGUUCAUGUGGAGGUCCGGCUCCUGCAGAGGACAGACCCACGUCUGGUCCUGAUGUUGCACCAGUGCUGGGCCACCCCCGGUGCCAAGCCCUUCCAGCAGCCCCAGUGGCCCAUCCUGAAAGAUGGGUGCCCUUUUAAGGGAGACAACUAUAGAACACAAAUGGUGGCCAUGGACAGGACGGAACUGCCUUUCUGGUCUCACUACCAGCGCUUCACUGUCGCCACCUUCUUCCUCCUUGACUCCAGCUCCCAGAAAGCCCUCAGGGGAUUGGUCUACUUCUUCUGCAGCGCCUCCGCCUGCCACCUCACGGGGCCAGACUCGUGCUCCACUGUGUGCGGGUCUGGGAUGGCGGGACGAUGGCGACGAUCCUCAGGUCACUACAGCCACACCGCCAGGGCCCUGGACAUCGUGAGUUCUCCAGGAGCAGUGAGCUUUGAGGACUCUUCCGAAUUGGGGCUCUCGGGCUCCAGCAGAAACUCCAGCCCGAGGACUGUGCUUACUGCACUUCUGCUGCCCCUGGCUAUCACCCUGGUGCUAGGAACCAGUGUCUUUGUGGGUCUAAGCCAGGCUUGGAGCCAGAAGCUCUGAGAAAGUGAAGACUCG